AUGGACAUCAGCUCUAUGUUCCGCGGGGCUCUGCCUACGAUAGCGGAAAAUGCGACUAGCGCCACAAAAAAUGCGUCAAGUCCAGAUCAUAUGGACGGCAAUAUAGUCGAGACUCUGCUCCCGCUGCUGGGUUUGCGCGCCCUCGUUCCCAUGUACGGCUUCAUCGGAAACUCUCUGGGUCUCGAUCUGACCUGGGUUCUGACCUUGUUUGGUAUGGUCUGGGCUUUUAACAAGCUAGGCCGCCAAGUCUAUGGCACUCUUUAUGGAUUCGUGACUGAAAAUUUGAUGAGCAACAUCCAUAUUAGCAGUAAUGAUGAUAUCUACAUUCACCUCAUGAAGUGGCUUGCUCAGCAGCCUCGACUGACCAACUCAAGGUCGUUGACCGCCGAAACUGUCAGCAAGACUGCAUGGGAAGAUGAGGACGAUUCAAACGUCUCGAGAGACAAGUCGGGCCUCUACUUGAAUUUCGCAAACCAGGAGGCUAGAUCUCCACCUCGCUUCAUUCCUGCCAUUGGUCUGCAUAACUUUCGCUGGAGCGGCACGCGUUACGGCUUACACCGUAAGCAAGAAUCCGUCUUCGAUGAUGGCGCCAACAGCGGCUUCUCGUCAAUCAAAGAUAGGGAAGAUCUGAUUAUUUCAUGUUUUGGUCGUAGUCCAGAACCUAUCAAGAGGCUUCUCAGGCAUGUCAAAGAGUUUCACUACGACAACCAUCACGCCAGAACGCUUGUCAAGCGACCAAAUCCGCAAAAUCUACGCCGUUUUGGUGGACGGAAUUGCUGGCAACAGGUGGCGGAUCGGCCGAUUCGAGACAUGAAAACUGUCGUUCUCGACAAGCAGCAGAAGAUGCAGGUCCUCGCCGACAUCAACGAGUACCUCCACCCGACUACUCCUCGCUGGUAUGCCAACCGUGGCAUUCCGCUUCGUCGUGGCUAUCUAUUCUAUGGUCCCCCUGGCACAGGCAAGACGUCUCUGUCUUUCGCUCUAGCUGGAGUUUUUGGACUUGACAUUUACGUUAUUUCCCUCUUGGAACCAUCUCUCACUGAAGAAGACCUCAGUGCUCUCUUCAGCACUCUUCCAAGACGUUGCAUUGUUCUCCUAGAAGAUAUAGACACGGCUGGCCUGAAGCGUCAUCCCGACGAGAUGGCAAAGGAUGCAGCCGGGAGAAAGGAGGAAAGCAAAGGAGACCAAAAGGAGACGCCAAACGACUGGAAGGUUAGCGAUCUGGCCAAGGCCCUCAAGAAAGAAGGAAAUGAUGACAAAAAGGGCAUUUCUCUAUCCGGGCUGCUGAACGCUAUCGAUGGUGUCGCCUCCCAUGAAGGCCGUGUCCUUAUCAUGACGACGAACAUCCCCGAAUCUCUCGAUGAAGCUCUCAUUCGGCCUGGCAGAGUCGACCUGCAGGUCGGUUUCACCAACGCCACGCGCGCCCAGGCCGAGGAGCUUUUCAUCCGUAUGUACGAGGCCGACCAAGGUCGCCAACGGCAGAAGCAGAUGCCCAAUGGACACGUCAAGGAGGACAACGACACCAACGGACAUAUUGUCGCGCCGGAGACGGAGAGCGCAAUAAAGUCAGGCGAUCUGGAUAUAGCCGUCGAGGAACUUCCGGCGAUCGCAACGCGGUUUGCAGAGAAGAUCCCUGAUGGAAGGUUUUCGCCGGCUGAGAUCCAGGGAUACCUGCUUAAGCGCAAGAAGCACCCGCUCAAAGCUUUGGACGAGGUGGACAAGUGGGUUGAGGCGUUGCUACAACAAAAGGCCUCCAAGUCAAAGGUCUUACACGUCCAGUAG